AUGCAUGACCUCAUCAAUGAUUUGGCUCAAGAUGUCGCAGGAGACAAAUGUUUUAGGUUCAAGAAUAAUUUGGAGUAUGGCAGGCAUAACAAGAUUUCGGACAAAGCUCGACAUUCAUCUUACGUUGGUAGCACUUAUCAAGGAAUCAAAAAAUUUAAAGUUUUUGAUGAUGCCAAAUGCUUACGAACAUUCUUAGAAUUUUUGCCACAACAACAAUUUCACUACGUAACGAGGUACUUGAUACAUGAUUUGUUGCCAAAUUUAAAAUGCUUACGCGAGUUGCGUUUGUGUGGUAUUGGUAUAAUUGAACUACCAUAUUCCAUUGGAGAUCUAAAGCACUUGCGGUACUUUGAUAUAUCCUAUUCUGGGAUUACACGGUUGCCUGAAACAGUGGUAACUCUCUACAAUUUACAAGUCUUGUUUUUGCAAUUUUGUUCUCGACUUCAGAAGUUGCCUCUAAACAUAGGGAGGUUGGUGAACUUGCGCCAUUUUGACAUGACUGGCGUGGAUAUUCCAUCAUCAGAAGAGAUGUCGCCACAUAUAGGUAAAUUAACUAGUCUCCAAACAUUGUCAAAUUUUAUAGUGGGUAACGAUUGUGGGCGUAAAAUAGGAGAGUUGAAAAACCUAUCGAACAUUCGAGGGGCAAUACACAUAUCAAGAUUGGAGAAUGUCGGUGGUGUUAAGGAUGCAAGGGAUGCCAAUUUUAUGUCUAAGGAGGAGUUAAAAGAGUUAUUGCUAGAAUGGGAUGAAUCUCACCGUUCGCAGAAUGACAUAGUUGAGAGGGAUGUGCUUGACGUGAUGAGACCUUUCAAAUUGUUGGAACGACUCACCAUCAUUGGGUAUGGCAGUACAAAAUUUCCAAACUGGGUUGGAGAUGUUUCAUACUCUAAAAUGGUGUUCAUGCGAUUAAAAGGUAGUAAAUAUUGCAUAUCUUUGCCACCACUUGGACAACUACCCUUGCUUAAAGACCUUUACAUUGAAGGAAUGAGUGCAAUAAAGUGCCUGGGUUGUGAGUUCUAUGGGCAGCAGUGUGGUGCCAAACCUUUCCCCUCUCUAGAGAGACUGAGCUUUAAGUUUAUGCCAGAAUGGGAGGAUUGGUCUGCUUUUGAAAAUGAGGGAGUUCAGCCGUUCGGUCAUCUCAGUGAGCUUUCCAUCAUAAAUUGUCCCAAACUUGUUGGAAGAUUACCAAAUGAUCUUCCUUGUCUCAAUUCUCUCAAAAUUGAUGGUUGUCCGCAGUUGUUGAUUGAUGUUUCGAGCCUCGUUCAGCCAUCACUUGUGUCCUUGUCAAUGAAUAAUGUUAUGCUCCCAAGCCUUCCAGCACUCUUAGGGACGAAGAACACGAUUGAACAUGGUUCCCUCACCUUGGAUAUUAGCCAUGUUACAGUUCUCGACUCCCUGUGUGAUCCAAGCACAACUGAUGCAGAGUUACUUGCUAAUGCAAUGUCUAAGCAUUUGACUUCAAUAACUGCUUUGAGCAUUUCUCAUGUUGAAAAACUGGCGUUCCUACCGACAUGGUUUACUCGAGAUUUGAGGGAACUCAAGAAAUUGGACAUUAGCAACUGCCAAGAACUCAUAACAUUGUCGCGGAAUAAGGGGCUGCCUUUUGUGAGAGUCUGA